AUGUUAUUAAUUUAUAUUAGAAAAAUAACGAUGAAUUUAUGGAGCUAGAUAGCUAGCUAAUUUAAAUAAAAUAUUAAAUUAUUUGAUCGAAUAGAUGAGUCUGAUUUAUGCAAGGAAUAAAGUUUUGAGAUAAAUUAUCAGAUGAGAAAUUUAAAAUAAAAGAAAGAACGACCAAUAGAACCAGAUUAACCAGAUCCAGAUGAAUGUUGUGGUUCAGGUUGUUAACGUUGUGUUUUAGAUGUUUAUUAUGAGAAAUUAGAAUAGUAUGAGAAAGACCUAAUGGAAUGGCUUCAAGAAUAAGAUGAAAAUGACGAUAGAAAUGAAUCAAGUUGA